AUGCACCCCUGCUAUAAAAUAGCAAACCUCUCUUAUGUGCUAUCAAGCACUCCCUCCAGAAUAUGUAUUUUGAUAUAUAGUUUCUUUGUUUCAUUAUCUGUUAUCACAAUAUGUGGGAACUUUCUCGUGAUCAUCUCCAUCAUUUACUUUAAACAGCUGCACACUCCUACUAACUCUCUCAUCCUGUCUCUAGCUGUGGCUGACCUGCUUGUUGGGAUUAUAGUCGUUCCUUUCAGCAUGGCAUUCUCUCUCAGCUCAUGUCUGUAUCAUGACGGGUUAUUUUACAGAUAUUAUGCAGUGUGUCAUCCCCUGACAUACAGGACAAAGAUAAAUCGUCGUGCUGCUAUGAUCAUGAUCCUGGUCAGCUGGAGUUCUUCUGUUCUUGUUGCAACUGGCCUUGUAAUGGCAGCAUUACAACAAGAUAAAUAUCAAGAAGGAUGUUUAGUUGAGGUUUUAUUGGCAACAACUAUAGGAAUUGUUUUUACAUACUUGCCACUGGUCAUAAUGCUCUGUAUCUACCUGAAGAUUUUAUUUGUUUCACAUAGACAGGCACGCAGCAUCCAGAACACAACAAAGCCUGGAGCAACUGUCAGUAAGAUGGAGAGGAAGGCCACCAAAACGUUAGCCCUCAUUAUGGGAGUUUUUCUGAUCUGCUGGACUCCUUUCUUCCUUUACAUUACAGUUAAUUCUGCAAGCAAUUAUUCAGUGUCGGUUACUAUUAUAGAAACCCUUAACUGGCUUGCAAUGUCAAAUUCAAUGUUGAAUCCAUUUAUAUAUGCUUUCUUUUACAGCUGGUUCAGGACUGCUUUCAGGAUGAUAAUUUCUGGCAAAAUAUUCAAAGGUGAUUUUGUCAACUCCAAACUGCAGUGA